AUGCACAAUACUUGCCCACCUACACCUUGCCGUUAUACCGGUGAUAUUCCGGAAGAGUUCAAUGGCGGACAGUACGUUCGCAAUGGGGGGAACCCAUCGAUGAACCAUGAGUAUGGGAGGGAUGUCCACUGGUUUGACGGUGAUGGGAUGCUCAGCGGUGUCUUCUUUAGAAAGGUUAAGGGCAAGGCGGUUCAGCCGGAAUUCGUCAAUAAUUACGUUUUGACGGAUAUUCUCCUUGCUUCCCGGGCGAAUCCAAAACUGCGCGUGCCCAUACUUCCAAGUGUCACAACGUUGAUCAACCCAAGCUCAUCGAUAUUCAAGAUAGCUUAUGCCAUUUGUCGAGCCAUUCUUCUUGUCCUUUGGUCAUAUGUAAAUGGCUCAAAAUGGUCGAUUAAGAAAAUCAGUGUGGCCAAUACCGGCAUCAUUUAUCAUAGCGGGCGUGCGUUGGCCACUUGCGAGAGCGGACCGCCAAUGAGAGUAACGCUACCGGAGCUCGAUACAGUGGGUUGGUUCAAUGGCCUGAGGGCGGAGGGAGAGCCAGAAGAUUCAAUAUCUCCAUCUUUAACCGGGUUCGGAGGGCCUGGAUUCACAGGAUUUCUGAAAAAGUGGACGACCGGACAUCCCAAGGUAGAUCCCAUCUCUCGCGAGUUGAUUGUCUAUCAUUCAACGUUUGCCCAGCCAUUUGUGCAUUACUCCGUUGUACCCGAUUUACGAGCCCAGGAGGCUUCCUUGGAGCAGUCAGAACCCCUUUUCAACCUUCCCGUCCCAGGAGUCAAGUCAGCCAAGAUGAUGCAUGAUUUUGGCGUAUCACGCCAGCAUACCAUCAUUAUCGAUCUUCCUCUUUCUCUAGACCCACUGAACCUGGCUUACAACAAACCAGUUAUUGAAUAUGACUUUUACGGACGCACUCGUUUUGGUAUUUUCCCCAGGCGUAAACCAGACCAGGUACGCUGGUUUGAAACCGAACCAUGCUGCAUUCUUCAUACCGUCAAUUCCUGGGACGACAGAAUUACUGAUAAGGGGGCAACUGUGAAUCUGCUUGCAUGCCGAAUGACAAGCGCUGCCAUCGUUUUCAAUACGGGAAACAUUCGGCCUCCACCCAAUCUACGGAACAUCGAAGAGGAAUGUCGCCUUUAUUACUUUCAGUUUGGUUUGUCUCAGGCGGAAAAUAUCAUAUCUCACCAGUGGGCUCUCUCUGUAAUAUCUUUCGAGUUUCCUCACGUCCCCCAACACCUCGCCAUGUCAGCUACACAAUAUGUUUAUGGCUGUUCAACGUCAAAGGGAACAUUCUCUACGGCACUUGGGGGCGCCACUAAAAUCGACUGCCUUGCAAAGCUGGAUGUAAAGGCAUUGAUCAGCAAGGGCCUUAGAAGCCCCCCACGAUCGGUGACAGGCUCAGUGGAUAGCCGAUCCAUUCAGGAGAUUUUGACUUCAAAUGAUCCAGACGAUCCCAUCAAAAUAUUUCAGACGCCCUCCGGGUGGUACCUACAAGAGUGCUGCUUUGUUCCUCGCACAAACGGGGUGUCGGAGGAUGACGGGUGGCUUCUGACCUUUGUGUUUGAUGAAUCCCAGCUCGAUGAAGACGGAUUUGCCCCAGUGGGGAGCAAAAGUGAGCUGUGGAUGAUUGAUGCCAAGACUAUGCGUAUGGUAACGCGCAUUUAUCUUCCUCAAAGGGUACCUUAUGGAUUACACGGCUGGUGGUUUUCAGAAGAUGACGUUUGCAAUCAGCGGGCAGUUGAGACUUGCCGAAGCGGUUGA